AUGGCUGGCACCGGCAGCACCUGGCUCCUGCUGGAGCAGAAGGGAGCUGGGCCGGGAGCAAGGAGCUCCCACGCGAUCACGCUCGUCGGCGGCACGGCCUACUCCUUCGGCGGCGAGUUCACGCCGCGCCUGCCCGUGGACAACACCAUGUACGCCUUCGACCUCAAGGCCCAGUCCUGGUCCGCCCUCGACGCGGCCGGCGAGGUGCCCCCGCCGCGCGUCGGCGUCACCAUGGCCUCCGUCGGCGCCACGGUGUUCGUCUUCGGCGGCCGCGACAAGGACCACACGGAGCUCAACGAGCUCUACUCCUUCGACACGGCCACCAGCACCUGGACCCUGCUCUCCUCCGGCGACCACGGCCCGCCGCACCGGAGCUACCACUCCAUGGUGGCCGACGGCGAGGGGAGCCACGUGUACGUCUUCGGCGGCUGCGGCAACGCCGGCAGGCUGAACGACCUGUGGGCCUACGACGUCACCGCCGGGCGCUGGGAGGAGCUGCCUUCGCCGGGGGCGGCCUGCCCUCCCCGCGGCGGGCCCGGGCUGGCGUUCGCCGGCGGGAAGGUGUGGGUGGUGUACGGGUUCUCCGGGGACGCGGAGCUCGACGACGUGCACUCCUACGACCCGGCCACCGGCGAGUGGGCCGUGGUCGACACCACCGGCGACAAGCCCACCCCGCGGAGCGUGCUCUGCGCCGCCGGGGUCGGGAAGCACGUGGUGGUGUUCGGCGGCGAGGUGGACCCCAGCGAUCUCGGCCACCUCGGCGCCGGCAAAUUCUCCGCCGAGGCCUUCGUGCUAAACACCGACACCGGCGCGUGGACCAGGCUGGAUGACGCCGGGUCUGGCCACCACCCCGGUCCUCGGGGUUGGUGCGCGUUCUCGGCGGGGGCGCUUGACGGCCGGCGAGGCAUGCUUGUCUACGGCGGCAACUCGCCGACGAACGACCGGCUUGGCGACAUGUUCCUCUUCACUCCGCUUCUAGCUUGA